AGUCUGACUUCGACAAUCAACAGGUUAGUUUGAGUUAAUAUACUGUAGUUUGUAUUGGUUCAAAUGUUUGCGUGAGUUGGGGUAGUAUGUUGUCACAUACGUCCUUUGCAUUCGUUUUAAAGUUAUCGUUCUGAGUAUCCUAUUACCCAUCCUCAGCUUUGAUUUUUUAGCGUUUGCUGAUUAGCAUUGAGUUAGCAGGGUUAAGUUUGUUUCACUUAGGUUAGCGUUAGCGUUAGCUAACGACUCCUGCACGCAUUUCUGAAAAACAGGACCAGUAUCUUUGAGCUGAACUCUUGCUAAUUAGCUUUGCGGUUUCAGCUCUGUAGCGACAUUCCCUGCUGUGCUCGGCUCUGCCUCAAAUCCAGUUUAAAUGUGGCGGUUUGCAUCGUUUGUGGAGUGACGACGUGGGAGGCGCAGCACGGAGCCAACUGAAGGGAUGGGACAGCCGCCUGCGGUGAUCCUCCAGCACCAGAUGAGUGGAAGGUAGUGACGGUGCAAAAGCAAUGUUGUGCUGCUGUGUACAAUGAAGAAGAUAUUCAGCUUCACUAAGAAAAAGAAACAUCCGACUGGUACCCCUGAUAAUGGCAGUGUGCUUUCUGUUGGCUAUGAACUGAAAGAAAAGGACCUCGGGAAGGUACACAAGGCUGCUUCAGUGGGUGAUUUGGCAAAGUUGAAGCAGCUUGCCAAAAAGAAUGAUAUCAAUCAACUUGACAAGGAGAACAGAACUGCACUUCAUAUCGCCUGUGCCAGUGGACAUGUUGAAGUGGUGCAAUUCCUUGUUCAGAGCAAAGCCAAGCUUAACCUAUGCGACAAUCAAAAUAGAUCCGCCUUAAUGAAGGCGGUGCAGGGACAGCAUGAGCAAUGUGUGAGCAUUCUUCUGGACAGUCAUGCCGAUCCUAACCUGGUGGACAUCAAUGGCAAUACAGCUCUACAUUUAGCAGCAAACAUCCCAUCCAUCUCCACUGCUAUCCUGUUGCUGGAGCAUGAGGCUAAUAUCAACGCCCAAAAUAAGGAGGGGUUCACACCUUUAACUGUGGCAGUCCGUGAGGACCAUAUCGAGAUGGCUGAGUUUCUCCUCAAGGAGACUGCCGACAUGAAUUGUAUGGACCAAGACCAAAGGUCCCCAUUAAUGAUAGCUGCUGGCAAUGGACAAAUCGGUAUGUUGCGGCUACUCUUGCGGUUUAACGCAGAUAUCACACUAAAGGAUACCAAAGGAUGGUCAGCUGAUGACUACGCAGUAAUGAAUGGGCAUCAUCCUUGUUCCCUCCUGAUCAUUGAGCAUGGCACACAGAGGAACGAUGGACCCUCUCUGUCACAUCAAGAUCCAAGCAAAAAGAAGAAAAAGAUGCUGUUGGGCAGUCCUUUCCAAGAUGUUGAAGCAGGCUUUUCUUUAGGAGGACCAGCCACUGACAAAGAUGAUUUUGAAGACAAUUCUCAAUCAGAAUCACUGAGUCGGGUCUCAAAAAGUGCCGUUGAUGAAUGGCCUUCAUCUGAAGAUGAUGAUGAAUCGGCUUUAACCGAAAAGAAACCACAGAAAGUAAACCUGAGGAAAAUGAUUGCAUCUAAAAAGGGAGAAGCUUCUGCACUGCCUGCCAGGUCCUUGAGUGGUACAGAUUCUGAACCAGAGAGUGAGAAUAGAGUCCAGAGAAUCCCAUCCCUCCCAAAGGCUUUAGCACCCAGCAACACUCUACAGCACCCAGUAGAUCCAUCUCCUGUGUCCUUCCUUUCCAAAGCACCCCAGUUGACUUCCACCCCUCUUCCAAGCUACAGAAAGAAAGAAGAUUCCACUGAGGAUGACGAGGAGGAGGAGCAGGACAAUGAUGAUGAUGACAACGACAACAAAGAGGAGGUGAGAGAUGAUGACGAGAAAGAGGAGGAAGGAGACAUCUCAGAUGAAGGUGAUCAGCCUGGAGAGAGUGGAGAGUCUGUUGACGCCACAUUACCUGUUCCUGAGACAGAAGUCUCUAAAGAUAAGAAAAGAGAUUUCCUGUCUGAGCUGGGUCUAGAGAAGGGAGAAGAAGAGCAAGAUUCUUGGGACUCUGAGUCCAAUUCUGAAAACCCCAAUAUGCUGCAUGAAGAGAAACAAAGGUUGACUACUCAGGAUCAAGAAGAGAUGUCUGCUGUUAAAGAAGACAUUAAAGAAAACUUGUUUUAUAUUCCCUCUUUUUUAAGAGGGGAAGGAGGCAAUAGGAUGGCAGAUCUAGUGCCUCGGAGGAGUGUAGGCAGCCCAAGAGACAGCCAGGGAAAGGCUGGAAACAGCAAUAAUGGUGAUAAUGGACGAGAACAUGCUGAAGAUGACACUACACAGAAGGAGACUGAGAAGGCAAAAUGGGAACCACUUAAUGUUUUGAGUAAACUUGACGGAGAUAAUGACCAAAAGACAGACUUAAUGGAAGAGCUUGGUCUAGGUGAUGUUGACGAUCUUGAAGAUGCAUCAGACUGGGACUCGGCCAGUACAGCCAGUAAGAGAACCCUGCCUGGCCGCAGAAUGGCCUCCCCUGGACUUGAGGAGUUCCCAGAAUGCACCGAUCAGGGUGAGGAUGUUUCUCCAGCAGCUCCCCUGAUUCCUCUGAGGAACACUGACUCUGGCACGAGACUGCCCAGCACACCCCCUCAACUUGUACCCCAUCCUCAACCUCGGGCAAGGAAAAUGGUGCUUCAGAAACCAGAGAGUGAGGAAGAAUCAGAUUGGGAACCAGACAAUUUAACAUCUUCCAAUGCAGCCAAAAUGGAGCUGCCAAACAUAGCUGAGCUUCAGGCAGUGGUUAAACCAGGUUCCCCUGACCUUUCAUCAGUGUUAAGAGACAGUAACAGUAACAAAGAGUCUGACGAGCCUCAGCUUAAGGAGAAAGAUGAUGCAGGAGAUACAUAUGAGUUAGAUCUAAAUAACCCACAGCCAUCUAGCCAUAUGGGCUUUGACAGAGGAGAAAAGGAUAAUGACUUUAGAGAUGAAUGCAGUCCUGAAGAAGGAGGUGAAGCGGAUGAUGACGUACCAUGGGAGAAACGUUAUGAAAAGCUCUGGGUAGCGGUGGAGAAACGGGAGGUAAAAUCCACCUUCAAGAACGUUGCAGGUGAACUGAAGGAGAAGUUUGGAGAACUGCAUAAAUCAAGAUGUCCUGCAGAAGGUGUUGCAGAAGAAGACCAGGCCACAGCUGAAUCAACAUCUGCAGAAGAAGAGUCAAGUGAUGAAGAAGAAGGGGAAAUCAUUGUGCGGCCCACAGCCAGAGCAAGGAGUACUGUCCUUCUCACCAUACCUGAGCAGAGAGAGUCUGGACUGGAAGACAGUGCGACAGAGUCAACUGAAAACUCUCUGUGCGAAGACAGGAUGCAAGUGUCUCAGCCCCCGGUCAGUGACAGUAGCAUGCAUCAGGAGCCAAAUCCGCUCCCUGAUGAUGCUCUGAGAGAGUGCAGGUCUCCUUCAUCACAACUCACCACAACACAGAGAGAGAGCAACAUAGAUCGUGCUACCACAGCUUUUACUGAUGGUCACACCAUACCCAUUUCUGAUGUUGACUGUAGCCCAUUCUUAAAAGAUGAGACCAAACUUCAGCAACAGAUGGACUUAAUCUUGAAGAAUAAAAGUGCAGAUGUAGAUGAAGCUGAGAAGAAUAAUGCGAGGUCAGAAGAGGAUCCAGAGGAGAUCACUAAGUCUCUGCCCCCCUCGAUAAGCAGACGUUCAGCAUCUGUCCCUGGUGUCUCUGAUGAGGAGCUGGAAGAGGACAUGGAAAGGUUUAAACUUGAGGUUGGCAAAGAAACGACCAAGACUGUGAUGGAGGUGCAAAAAUCCAGUGCUUCCUGGGAUACUGGUGGAACGACACUGGAAAAAGUGGGUACUGAGAAACCUGAGACCAGGUUAGGAUGCCUGUCAAGUGAAGCUGGAAUAAUUCACCAGGAACAGCAGCCUGCAGCAACCAAGAGCACCAAUGACGCACCAGUGCAGGCGCAUCUCCCACUCCAGCCGACCUACAAUAGCAACAAAAAGGAGGGGCAAGCUGUAGAGGACACCUUAAAGCUGGAGCUGGUCAGAGGGGCCCAUCGCGGCAGAGCCCCUCAGACCAACAGCCAUGUUAACGGAGAUCCUCUCUCUGUGUUUGACGAUAGCACUUUAAGUGAAGUGUCGGACGAUGAAGGAAGGUUGCCAGCCAGUGGGCAUCAGAAAAAUCAGAAGCCUGAGGAAGUGGAGAUGGCAGAAGACUUUGAUGAACUCACGCAGUCAUCGGACACAGCCACAGAUGACAUUGACUCUCCCACUUCAGGCUAUCGUCACGCAUCCCUCCUCAUACAGAAGCUGGACUCACCCAGUUUAGAUUCGAGAAGCAUGGUGAAGCUGCAGAACAUUUUCCACGAAUAUGAACGCUCUAUCCAAAAGGCGAGGAGCCGCCAUGGGUACCUGGCAGACAAGGUGAGCCAGCUGGAAAUGGAGCGAGCAGAGUUGAAGAGCUCUCUAGAGGAAGUUAAAGAUGUUAAGUCUGCCUUGGAGCGCAACCAGCUGGAACUGCAGACUGAAGUCACAAACCUCAGAUUUCAGCUGAAACAAGAGCAGGAAAAUCGCCGCAAUGCCACCAUGAUGUACAACACCACCAGAGAUAAGCUGAGGAGGACAGAGGAGCAGCAUCAGCUAGAGGUUCAGGAGCGACAGAAGGUGGAGCUCACCCUCAGGAACCUGGAGCUGGAGAUGAGAACACUGGUCAACAACAUGAAACAGCUUGAAGAGGACCACAGUGAGACCCAGAGGCUGCUGGCUCAGGAGCGCAGUGCAAGGACACUGCAGGAGAAUCUGCUCAACAGCCAUCUCCGUAAGCAGCAGGAGAUAGAAGAGGAGAACAAGAGAAAUAUAAGCAAAAGCAAUGAGGCCUUGUCCCAGCUUACUGAGGCCAGUGACAGGGAGAGGGAGUUGCUACAGCAGAAUGCUACCUUACAGGAGCAGCUGGCCAUCCUUAGAACAGACCUCGAGCGUUCGCAGGCCAACAGCAGUCUCAAAGAGAGCCACAUUUUAGAGGAGAACGAGGCCCUCAAGGAACAGCUGGAAGAUGCUCGACGAGAUCUCAAAAUCAACAGUGAAGCCCUGACCCAAACUGUCUUCAACUGCAAUAACCAGGUGACCACCCUGAAGUCUGAGUUAGCUAUGAUAACAACCCGCCUGGAAAAUGAGCGACAAACUCGUGAAACACUGGAGGUGGAGGUGGAGUCCACUCGUACCCGCCUGGUCGGUGCAGUAAAGGAGACUGAGCGUUGCCUCGCAGCUCACACAGACACAGAGAAAGCUCUUCUCUGGGAGAAAGAGGAACACCAGCGUCUUAGAGACAGACUCACAGGAGAAGCUGCCAGUCAGCGCGAGACUGUUAGCAGCUUGUCCCAGAAGCUGGCCAAGGCAGAGGCUCAUUCAAACAGCAUGGAGAAUGAAGUUCAUCGGGUCACACUGCAGCUGACAGAGAAGGGCCUACUGCUGGAUGUCUUACAGCGGGAAAAGGACCAGGCAGCUGCACGUGCCAAAGAGCUAGAAGCAGCUCUGCAGGCCGAGAGGGAGCUGGUCAGUCGUGCCGGAGCUCGCCAAGAGGCCACACAGGAGCGGCUAGCCCAAGCCCAAAGUGAGGGUAUGUUAUUACGGCAACAGCUAGAGGAGGCCCAAAACAAAGGUGUUGCCAAGGAGCGUGCUGUGACAGAUGCCCAAGAACGCUUCAGUGACAUUCUCUCCAAGCUACGUUCUGACUGCGAAGAGAGGGUACAACUAGUGGAGGAGAGAAAUAAGGAGCUCGCCAGUAAGGCUGCUGAUCUGCGAGAUCAGAUCUAUAAGUUAGAGGAAGAGAAGAACGAACGAGAGACUAGUCUAAGGCAGCUGCAGCAGGAGUUAGCUGACUCACUCAAGAAGCUGUCAAUGAGUGAAGCUUCUCUGGAGGUUAACACACGCUAUCGCAAUGACCUGGAGGAAGAGAAGGCUCGCCUCCUCAAAGACGUGGACAGGCUUAAAGGAAAGCUGGAGGAGAGCGAAGACCACUAUGUGCAGGCUGAGAGACGAAUUAACAGUCUGAAGAGCAGCCUUGAUGAGAGGGAGAAGGAGCUCACCACUGCUGCUCAGAAACUCCAGGAGGCGCUGUCUGCCUCAGCAGCUUCUGAUACCACCAUCAAACAGCUGGAGGACGCCGUACAGAGGCUCGAGAUAGAGAAUGCAAGGCUGGAAGCGGCUGCUAAGCAACAGUCCAACAAAAUUGAUGCUCUUCAGAAAGGGGCUCAUGAAGCUGCCAUGCUAUCUGACUGCUCACCUGGAGGAGGGGUUGGUAUUGUGGAUGUCAGAGGUCAUUUGGAGGACUUGGUUACAAACCUCCAAAGCAGUAAGAUGACUUUGGAAGACCAACUCAGUAGAGAGGUCCAGAAACAAAGCAUGCUGUCUCACACAGCCCAGGACUCGCAGGCCCUCUGGGAGGAGGAGCUGAAGAGUCGUUCUAAGUUAGGACUGCGUCUGGCAGAACUUGAAAAGGAAAAAGGAGAACUGAGCACGCAGAUGGAAAUAGAAAAGAAGAAAGCCAAGAAAAUAGCAGAGCAGAAAAAGGCUGUAGAUUCUCGUCUGGACCAAGAGAUGAAGAGAAACACAGAGCUUCAAAAAGAAAUGUACAGGCUGCGUACUCUAUUGAAGACUGCAAAGAAGAAACUGCGGGAUCAGGACACAGGUGGAGCUGAGUUUGGCUCUCCUAUGAGCAGUCUACGGAUGGACCAGGGCAGACACAGCCAGGCUGAGGGUAGCUUCGGACGAAUGAAAGAAAAGGUGGAUGAUCUCCAGGUGCAGCUGGAGAAGGAAGUGUCUCGUCGCAGCCAACUAGAGAAGGUGAAUGGGGAGCUUAAGGAUCAGCUGGCCUCCCUGAAGAGCUUCAGCCGCAGUACUGACCAGCUGGAGAGGAGUAAGAGGCAGCUGGAGGAGGAGGUAUUGGACCUGAGACGCCGAAUGGAGGCUGCUCAGGUGGAGCAGAGCCAGGUGGAGCAGUACCGCCGUGAUGCAGAGGAGAGGGUCCGUCAAGAGAUACAACAGAAACUGGAGCAGGUCAACCUCUUCCUGCAGUCCCAGGCAGCAUCCCAAGAAGCACUGGAUCAGAUUAAAGCAGCCAAUGAGGCUAACCUGCGCUCUCAGCUGGAGCAAAAGAUCCGGGAGCUGGAGGGGGAACUGGGCCGCGCCCGUGCCACCCAGCAAGACAGCCUUAGCCAAAGAGACUCCACACGCACCGAGCUAGAGCGAUACCACCAGCUCUAUACUGAGGAGCUGCGUCUCCGCAAGUCCCUGGCUGCCAAACUCGAAAGGGCCAACAGUCGGCUCUCAGAAGCCAACUCUAAGUUGCUCAACGAGCGUAGCAGGUCUCUUAUCAACAGCAGCUUUGCAAACGGUAGCCUUGGAGGGCCCUCGCUGGACGUAGGCACUUUGGGUUCACCAGCAAACUAUGGGGCCACACUGGGACCUGUCAACAGAAGCCUCAGCCUGGGACUCUCCCUUCUCAACCCUGUGACUGAGGGACAGAACAGCAGGGUGGAGGACUAUCUGGCCAAGAUGCAGAGUGAAUUGGAUAGAAACAUAUCAAAGGAAGUGUACAACGCCACAGCCGAGCUGGAUGUUGCCUCUGCGCGUAUGUCCCCGGUGGGCUCUGCCUCGAGGGUGGAGCUGGACCCCGUCAGCAGGGCGACGCAGCAGUACUUGGAGGUACUGAAGAAGAACAAUAUGAUCUGACCACACAUCACAGCUGCCCGUACAUGCUCACUCAAACAUAUUUCAACCAUUUAAGCACCAACUUAAAGACCAAAGCCACAGCCCCAUCAUCUAACUAGGAGAAUCCAACUUUGUAGGUAUCUACUUUAUCUUUUAUGAAAGAAAGCAAAUAUAAUGCACAUUGCACUUAACCACUCAGGAACAAAGGGCAUGAAUCAUAUAUAUAUAUAUGGAUGGGUACAAUUAGAGAGAACCUCGAAAGUAUUUUAUUCUGACUAAUUCUGUUCAAUCUCUGUUUUGUUUCUAUUAGCACAAGAUAUAUAUAUAUACAUACAUACAUACACACACACACACACACACACACACACACACACAAAUACAUAUACAGAAUCGUGGUUUGGGUUUUUAUGUGUGAAUAUUGGUGUUGCUAAAUUUGAAUUUAUAAGUAUUUGAUGUAUGCAUCAUUCAUAAUUUUUGCCAAGAUAUCACAUUUGGUAUGUGCCAUCAAAUGGUGCAAUAUCUGUCUUGGUCUCACUUCAUUAGACUCAUUGGUGUAUUGUGUUUAUGAUUAUUUUAUUUAUUCUUUUUUUUUUUUUUAUGAACAUGAUAUACUUGAAUAAGACGAGCUGGAGUUCUCUCUGGCUACUGAAACAGGGUGUGACCGCAUUGGUACAGCUGUCAUUUCAGCUUUUGCUUAGCUUCCUUUAAAGACUGACAAAAGUGAAAUACACUCGUUUUCAUUCAUAGAUACUGUAACAAAAUACAUACAGGACAACAGUUAUGACGCCUGUUCAUUACAGAAGACUCUAAAGUUGUAAAUAAAACUGUAGAAAACCCUGAA